AUGGAGUCUCUCAGCUUCCCAGUCGACCUCUCGGAUCUACAGACGAAGCUGAAUCCGCUUCUUCAGUCACUGCUUGCUUCGCCAGCAGUACAAAGUGCCAAGCCAUCCAGCACCGCAGAUGGUGUUGCUAUUCUUCUAUUUCUUCUCUCGGCCCUCGGCUACCUCACACAUGGCCGUGUCUGGGACAAGCCUGAUCCUCAUCACGGUAUCUGGUUCGAAAAGCCACAACUAGCGGACGGUGCAUCAAGCGGCAGAGCUGCUGUGACUCGAGAUAUCGCUCAGAAGCUGGUAGAAGGUGACUACCAAUGCGUUAUUUUCUGGGGCUCUCAGUCUGGUACCUCUGAACGAUUCGCGGAGACCCUUGGGCGCGAAUGCUUAUCAUACUUUGGUAUACAUGCCCUGGUAGCGGAUAUCUCAGACUAUGACGCGGAAAGCAUCUCUAAAAUCGAAUCGACACACUUUGCGAUCUUCAUCCUCAGCACGUACGGCGAGGGCGACCCUAGCGACAACACUGCUGGACUAUGGGAUUGGAUCAAGCAAGUGAAAGACAAGAAGACCAGAGUUGAAAACUUGCGAUACCUCGCGUUCGGUCUCGGAAACAGCAACUACAAGUACUACAAUCGAGUACUCGACGUUGUUGCCGACGCACUCGACAAUGCCGGUGCCACCACUCUCAUGCCCCGCCAAAAAGCUGAUGAUGCCAACGGCGGCACAGAAGAAGACUUCCAGGCUUGGAAGGACGAUCUCUUCGCAUUGUUCCGCCAGCUUGGCUUUGAACAGAAGACCGUGGAGUAUCAGCCAACGAUUGAGAUCAAAUUCAGCGGCGAGACGAACAGCGACAAAGACUCGAGUCCUGCCACAUCGUUGAUUCAUCAGCAGACUUCGACACAGUCCGGCAUUGUUCCCUUGACCAUCAAGAGCGCCCACGAGUUAUUCGCUGGCGGUGACCGAAACUGCAUACACAUGGAGCUCGACCUUGGAAAUCAUGACAUUGUAUACAAGACUGGAGACCACAUUGGCAUUUGGCCAUGCAAUCCAGAGGAGGAGAUUGAGCGACUUCUGGGCGCACUUGGAGCACAGGCAAGAAGGAACGAGCGCUUUAGCGUCACGAGUGACAACGAGUCUGUGAGGCCAAAGAUUCCUUCGCCAACCACGCUUGAAACUGCAUUCCGGCACCAUCUUGAGAUUUGUGCUCCAGUUGCACGCAAGACAGUGCAAGAGAUUGCUCAAUUCGCACCGACGCCCGAAGCGAAGGCACUUUUGCUCGAGCUUGGACAGAAGCGUGAGUGUUACGAGCAGCUUAUCUCAGGUUCGCAUAUCACGCUUGCUCGGCUUCUACAGCUUGCCAGCCCCAGUGUGCCAUGGACAUCGCUGCCUUUUGAAUUUGUCAUGGAGAGCCUGCUGUCACUGCAGCCGCGUUACUACUCCAUCUCAUCCAGCUCCGUCAUCGCUCCUCGCCGCAUCGCUGUGACUGCUCUAGUCGUCAACAAGAGUAUUGGUGAUGAAUCGACAUGCACAAUCCACGGUCUGACGUCGAACUAUCUGUUGUCCGCGUCCAACGUUGCCUCCAACGCCUCCGUCCCCACACCGUCGUACCAGCGAAUGAGCGAAGGUCAGGGUCUGCAAGGAUCGAAGAUUCUGGCCCAUGUGCGCAAAUCCAAGUUCAAGCUGCCCAUCACGUCCUCGACACCACUGGUCCUCAUUAGUGCAGGCACUGGUUUCGCACCUUUCCGAGCCUUCUUGCAAGAACGCGCAAAACUGCAUGCAAUCGGCAAGCCGGCUGGCAAGAUUCUUUUAUUCUUUGGCUGCCGCAACAAGGAUGACUUCAUCUAUCGCGAAGAGAUUGACAAGAUUCAGGGUGAAUUGGGUGACAAGCUCAAGAUCAUCACUGCGUUCUCCAGGGACGGGCCGAAGACGUACGUGCAAGACCGCGUUGGUGAGCACGCUAGCGAAGUCCUGGAGCUUCUCGAUGCCGGUGCAAAUAUGUACAUUUGCGGCAAGGCAAGUAUGGCGCGCGAGGUCGACAUGAAACUGGAAGACGCCGUAAGCAAGGCAAAGGGCGUGGGUGAGAGCGAGGUCAAAGCAUGGGCGGACAGUCUCAAGAAGAGAGGAAAGUGGAAAGCUGACGUAUGGGGUUGA